AUGGUGCAAGAGUGCCAGAAGCUUGGUGACUCAGCUAUUUGUCUUUCAGCGGAAAGUGAUUUAGGUCCCGUCAAAGAUGGAAAAGCAAACAUUGAACUUAUUGUGCUAAAAAGACCAAGCGCUACUGCCAGAGGAAACUGUGCAAGCACUCCCUAUGAUUACAUCUUUGAAAGGGUACUGCACGAGCUCAAUGAUCUAGGUAGCCAGUUCCCAAUCACUGUUAUUUACUGUAAGUCUAUGCAGUGGAUAGGCUACGGAUACCAGCUGGCCAGAGAAAUCCUGAAUAACAAGUUCUAUGUUUGUGAUCAGAUUCCAGAAAAUGCACGGUUGAAACAGAUGAUCCUGGAUAGUCUUCAAAAGCCGCCAGAGCAUUGCAGCAUCAGACUGGUAUUUGCAUCAGUGGCUCUUGGCAUGGGAGCAGACCUGCAGCAUGUCAAGCGUGUGAUACAUGCUGGCCCGCCAUCUUCAUUAGAAACAUAUGUUCAAGAAAUCGGACGGUGCGGAAGAGAUGGUGCACAUGCUAAUGCCAUCCUGUACUACAAUAACAGUGACCUAGGUUUCAUCAAGAUUGUGCCAAAAUUAUGGCUUCUAGGAGUGUUGGCAAGCUAA